AUGGCGUACCUGUCUGAGCUGUCGCAUUUUAUACAAGAAGCAGGGUUCAAGAAUAAGAAAGUCCACAGCGUUUAUUUUGGAGGGGGAACGCCGAGCUUAGCAAAGCCGAGUAACAUCGAAGCUAUACUCAACAAAAUAGCAUGCUUGUGUGAUUUAUCUCUUCAAACCGAAAUAACAAUAGAGGCUAAUCCAACGUCCAUUGAGACUGAAUCUCUUUCAAACUUUCAGUCAGUUGGGAUAAAUAGGCUUUCUCUUGGAUUACAAUCCCUCAAUGAUAAAGCACUCACUGCACUUGGUCGUGAUCACACAUCUCGAGAAGGAUUGCAAGCACUUGAGGUGGCAAAAAAAGUCUUUGCAGGAAAUGUAAAUAUUGAUCUUAUAUUUGCAAGAAUGAACCAGACGCCUGAAGAAUGGCAGAAAGAAUUGCAACAUGCCUUGAAAUUGGCUGACAAUCACAUUUCACUGUAUGAACUUAUGGUUAAAUCUGGUACUCCUUUAUACAAUGCAUACAGGCAAGGAAAGUACAUAUUACCAAAACCAGAGAAAGUAGCUAACAUGUAUGAGACUGCUGUUAAGUUAUCUGAUAGGCAUGGCUUUGUUCAGUAUGAGGUGUCUAACUUUAUGCGUAACAACAAAUACAGUCAUCAUAACUCUGGAUAUUGGGCUGGAUUAGAUUAUCUUGGAAUAGGUCCUGGGGCUCAUGGGAGAAUUACUGAUCCAAUAUCUGGUAUCAGGAAAAGGAUGUACAAUAUAUUAUCCCCUGAUGAAUGGAUGUCUCAGUGCAAAGAUACUGGCCAUGGGUUAAGGAAAUCAGUGGUAUUAAGUUUACAUGAAGUGAAAGAUGAAUUAAUUGUUUUCAGUCUUCGAAGUAAGAUGGGUAUGUCAUGUGAACAAUUUAGAAAAUUUUGUGGUGGACAGGAACUAGAAGAG